CGGCAUAUUCAAGCCGCCUUCGUCCCGGUUUAUAAUAGCGGUUUUCCGCGACUCGUUCUCCAUUCAUUCGGUUUUCUUCUGCUUUUGACGACCGACAUUCAAAAUCUCGGUCGGCCGCGCCGCGUUACUUUCGAAACAAACGAGCAUCGACACGCGCGUACCACACACACACGCUCCGCGAUACAAACAAAAAAAAACUUCUUCACCUGCCUUCGUCGCAGCAGACGCUCCGAUCCGCGUGUUUCGCGCGUCAGUAUUUCAUUUUUUUCGACGUUCGUUUCUGACUUUUUCUUUUUUCUUUUGUGAGAGAGACGCGACGCAAUAUGUCUGAAAAAGCGAAACGCGCGGACAGCAUCCUCGGCAUAUCCGAGAUAACCGAAAACAAAUCGAUAUGGCGUAUGCUAGUCGCCGAAUUUUUGGGUACCCUCGUCCUGGUGGCGGUCGGUACGGGUUCCUGCAUCGGUACCCCCACCGUCGUCCAGAUCGCCCUCACUUUCGGCCUCACCGUCGCUACUUUGGCCCAGUGUAUAGGUCACGUGAGCGGGUGUCACGUCAACCCCGCCGUCAGCGUCAGUCUUUUCUGCACGGGUGACAUCAAGUUGGUGCGUUGCCUGUUGUUCGUGGUGGUCCAGUGCAUCGGCGCCAUGGCCGGUUCGUCGUUGCUAAAGGCUAUGAUCCCGGAAGAAUUAGUCGGCACCCUAGGGAUGACGGCGGUAAAUCCGGACCUGAGCUCGUACCAAGGUCUGCUGGUUGAAGCGGUGCUGACGUUUUUGCUUUUGUUCGUCAUCCACGCCGUCUGCGAUCCGAGAAGGAAGGACGUUAAGGGGUCGAUCCCGUUGGCUAUCGGGUUCGCCAUCAGCGCCUGCCACCUGAGCGGGAUUCAAUUCACUGGAUCCAGCUUGAAUCCGGCUCGCACUUUCGGUCCGGCGGUCGUUAUGAACCUCUGGGACAACCACUGGGUCUAUUGGGUCGGUCCGAUUCUGGGCGGAAUCGUCGCUGGUCUGGUUUACAAGUUUUUCUUUCGCGCGCAAAAGGGCGAAAGCGACUCGUACGACUUUUAAAUGUGUUGGAAAAAAAUUCGUGGAGCUUCUUGUACAAAUUUCCAUUAAAAAUCGGGGUAAUUGUCCCCCACCCCCACUCCCAAUUCUCACAUUUCACCAAAAUGUGGUUUUAAAGUGAUUUAUUAUUUAGUUAUAAAAUAAUUGUAUUAUUAUUAUUACAGAUACAUAUUUAUACUAUUAAGGAAUUGAUUUCAAUUGUACUUUACGACAUAUUUGUAACGUAAAAGUUGUGUGUAAAUAUAUUAUUGUUCUCUGGAAAAUAUGUUUAUUAUGAAAA